AUGGUUAAAGUUUGGAAACUGGGUCUUGUAAGUUUUGAUACUGCUCAUAAAAUACAACAAGUCCUUGCGAGAAAACAUUUAAAUGCUCUCAUGAAUGGUCAGAAUGCUAAUCUCGAUACGCUUCUAUUAGUGGAACAUAAACCUGUGUAUACUGUUGGUAUUAGAGAUGAAACAUCAAAAGAGGAAAUAAAUAGGCUACGCAGCUUAGGUGCAGAAUUUCGUAAGACUAAUCGAGGUGGUCUUAUUACAUUUCAUGGACCAGGCCAAUUGGUUGUGUACCCCAUAAUCAACCUGAAAAAUUAUAAGACUAGUGUAAAAUGGUAUGUUAAAUCCUUAGAAGAAAUUGUCAUAAAACUCUGUGAUGAACUAGGGGUUGAGGCAGGAAGAUCACCGCACACUGGUGUGUGGGUCGGUGACAAUAAAAUUGCAGCUAUUGGAAUACAUGCCUCCAGAUAUAUCACAACUCAUGGAAGAGAUCCUAAA